GGAGCACGUGGAGGAGGCAGGGCCAAGCCAUGGGCCAGAGGAGCACCCGGAGGACCAUCAGGUGGCACAGCAGCGGGCCACCUUUAAGGGGACUGGCAGAGGGGCUGUGAUGAGGCACCUGGUCCUCCCUCCCAUUAUUGAUAAACUGAUCAACUCAUGGCAGAGGGCAAAUAAAUAACAACAAUAAGCUUUUACCUGAGGAACAUCAUCCAGUUCCUCAGGUAUCUUGAGGACACCCCGCCAAAGCAGUGUAGGUUGCGGAGGGGCCAAUUUAAAUCUGUUCUCAGGAUGGUCCAGAAGCAGGUCAGUAGUUUGGCCUGUUCAAUUGUGACCCAUCAACUGAAAGUGAAGGCCAGGAAGAUGGAGAGCAUUGUCUCCCGGCAGAGCCUGAGGAGGUGCCAGGAGAGGGCCAGGCGGGUCAUCCCGGAGUUGCUGACCCAGAUGAAGACAGAGGGGAAUUACAACCUCAGGGACGAUUUUUACGGGUACUUCUCGGCCUUCGUAAUGUCCAUUUAUGGACACAGGCCGGGGGUACUCACGAAUAUGACCGUCCCUGAGGUUGAGGCAGCAAGGCAGGCUCCUCUUCUCCCUACCGAAACUGGCUUCGUCAUCACUAUCGACGAGCACAAAACAAAUAAAGAUGUUGGAGGGGCCCAGAUCUUUCUGACUUGUGAUGAGUUCUCCUGGCUGGAGAGGUGGAUCCAAGUCAGAAAGAAUCUGGGCCCGAAAAAUCAAAGGGUGUUUGUGACCAAGGGUGCCGGGCCAGUCAAAAAUCUGGUCCGGUACUUUCAGACAGCCUGGGCCCAGAUGGGCCUGCCUGGAAGGCCAACGUUUACUGACAUCCGAACUGCGGUGUCGGGACAUGCAAAAAACAUCCUCAACAAAGGCUCGCGGAACCGGUUGGCCCGAUUCAUGUGCCAUGAUACGGCAACGGCCGACCGGUAUUAUGCCUUCAUGCUGGACAGAAAGCAAGCCAGGCAGAUGAGGGUUAGGGUAUGGGUUUUGGGUCUCCAUGCUUAGGCCCAAACAGUAUCCAACAAUGUGGGUUAGGGCAUGGGUUUAGGGUUUCCAUGCUUAGGCCCAAACAGUGUCCGACUCUGACAGCUUCAGCGUAUAGGAGGAGACCCGGAGAACGGCACUGUCCGACGCAUGUCACUGAACUUUGCCCUAGUCGGUAGACCCAAGGACCCUAAUCAGAGGAUCACUAGUUCAAUACUCAGAUUGGUUGAGAGUCGGGGCUUAUGGUGAGGGCCACUAUAAAAAAACGGGGGGGAUAGAGAGUCGAGUAGGAUAACCAUGAAGAAAUUAAAACGAAGGAAGGCCCCGGUGCAGUCAGAAAACGGUGACCCCGUCAGGGAAUAGAUAAGUUGUGUCUAUUUUGAAAUCCUAAAUUGCUAACUAAGUCGAGGUAACUCGAACUUCAUAACAGUGCUAAAGUAUUGUUAAUGUGGAACUAUGAGAUGAUCUUUUAGU